CCUAAUCCGCCACAUGCAGGAAGUAGUAGCAAAAAUGGCAGCGCACAGGUGCGGUUUGUCUCUUGUAUUUAUUUGGUUUUUAUUUUACUUUCUAGUUCAGUCUAGUAGCUGUGAUACUCUUGAAAGAAUAGCUGAUAAUGCAGAAGCAGAACAGAGCGUUUCAGGCGCGUUGCGAGGGGUUAAGGCCGAUGGAGAGGAUCAGAAUGAAAGGCAAUGGCAAUCGACUGAUGUUGGGGUGGACGGAGGCGAUGGCACGAAAGACAGCGAAUUCUUUAGACCAGCACCGGCGAAAGAUCAGUUUCAGGAGGAGCUGGUGAUCCGGCCCCUGCACUCAGGAGACAUCUAUGCCAACUUCCAGUUCCGCACACUAUGGGACACAGAUUUUCUACAAGAGGGAAAGAAAGUUUCCCAUUACCAGCUCUUCCCUAAAUCCCUCGGUCAAGUGCUCUCGAAGUUUUCUGUGCAGGAGCUGCACAUCUCCUUUACCCAGGGUUUCUGGAGAACGAUGCAGUGGGGGCAGCCCUUCAUCCCCUCUCCACCUGGAGCAGAGCUUUGGGUGUGGUUCCAUCAUACAGUCUCUGAUGUGGAUGGAAACUGGAAGGAGCUUACGAAUGUGCUCUCCGGAAUCUUCUGUGCGUCUCUGAACUUCAUUGACUCAACCAACACAGUACAACCCAGUGCAUCUUUUAAACCGCUGGGGGUGGGAAAUGCUUCAGAUCACCGUUUUUUGCGUUACGCAACUUUACCACGUGAAAUAGUCUGCACUGAGAACCUGACCCCCUGGAAGAAGCUUCUCCCUUGUGGGUCUAAGGCAGGUCUGGCCGUGCUGAUGAAGUCAGAGAAGCUGUUUCACAGCAGUUUCCACUCUCAGUCUGUUCACAUCAGACCUGUCUGUCAGGAUGUGCAGUGCACAAAUACAGCAUGGGAGCUGAGACAAACACUCAGUGUGGUGUUUGAUCUCUACACUUCAGGCCAAGGCAAAAAGGAAUGGUCCCUUUUUAAAAUGUUCUCUCGAACCCUGACAGAGACCUGCCCUCUUGCUUCCUCUAGUAAAGUAUAUGUGGAUAUAACAGACAACCCUGAGGGGGAGCUGUUUGAGCUGAGCCCUGCCACUCCUCUCCUUAGCCAAGCUGUGGUGCUGGGAGAUCGCAGAACGUAUUCAGUAUAUGACCUAACCAAAGCAGAAACGUUUGGGCAGACACGUUCACUUAAUCUCCUACUGCGUUGGAAAGAAGACAGCGGUGAUAUGCUGCGCCCUCUGCUGCAUGCAGAGCGCUAUGUGGCGGGGUUUGGGCUGCAGACAGGGGAAAUCCACACGGUCAUCUAUAAUAAUCACCCAUAUAGAUCUUUUCCAGUACUGCUACUGGAUUCAGUGCCUUGGUACCUUCGAAUGUACAUUCACACCUUGAAAGUCACCAGCAAAUUCCGUGAUAACAAGCCAAGCUACACUCACUACCAGCCCUCUAAAGACCGCCAGCGUCCUCAUCUACUGGAGAUGCUGAUCCAGUUACCGCCUCACUCUAUGACAGAGGUCACUGUACAGUUUGAGAGGGCCCUGCUCAAAUGGACAGAGUACACCCCUGAUCCCAACCAUGGCUUCUACGUUGGAUCCUCUGUGAUCAGCGCCCUUGUGCCAAGUAUGGUUGCAAUGGACACCAACUUCACACAACAGCAACCAUUGUUUAGUAGUUUCUUCCCAGUCAAAGAGGAGUCUAGCUACUUCAUACGAGUGUAUACCGAACCCCUGCUGGUAAAUCUACCUACUCCUGAUUUCAGCAUGCCCUACAACGUCAUCUGCCUCACCUGCACAGUGGUCGCGGUGGGCUAUGGCUCCUUUUACAAUUUACUGACCCGCACGUUCCAGGUGGAUGAACCAAGCCCACCUCUGGCAAAACGAUUGGCCAACCUCAUUCGUCGCAUAAGAGGAGUGCCACUGCUGACCUAAGAACUGCCAAGAACAUAUCUGAGGCUUAAAACGUCCAUAUUAGGCAAUUGAAAGGAUUGAAACUCUAAAACAACAGCUGCUGAAGUUUUAAGAUGCUUUUUGGCCAUGGUAGGAGUUGAAGCCAAAUGAUUGGUCUAAACAUAUGGAACAAAUGAGCUGCCUACCAAGACGGACAGAUUAGCCUCAUUUUUUUUUAUGCUUUUCUUUGUUUGUUUUCAGUCACAUCAGCAAAAAAUGUUUUUAGAAAACCAUGGCUUGCAGUCAGUUGAAGAUUUCUCAAAGGAACAGCUGACAAUGCAUGGUUGAUUUCCUCCGGCAUAGUUUGGGCAUCUGAGAGAAAUCUAAACGGCAAAGCGUAAUGUUAAAUUAUCCCAAUUUACACAACCCUUUGUAAGCGUGACCAAGCCUUGGAAGCUCAGACACUACAACACAUGUAACUACUGAAAAUGGAAAUGAUAUUUUCCACAAGCUGUAAUGCACUGAUAUUUAAAUAGAUUGUUUUGAAGAAUUGCUCUCUCUUUCAGUGUUUGUUGUUUUUUUUCCCCCUUUAUUUAGCAUCGGUUUGACCAUAUAAUGACCACUAGGUCAUUAAAAUGUGCUAUUAUAUGUGCAUAUAAAGUGCUAUUAAAUUAAAAUGACAAAACAGAUCUUUUACACUGGCUAAUUUUCCAGAAAAUAUAUAUAUAAUUAAUUAAACUGAAUGAAAUCCAACAAUUUGUGCUGAGAACAGUUUGUACAUGUGGUCGAGCUCCUAGAGCAGCAUUUUUUCGUUCGUGCCUCAAGGGAUUUUGAGAGGAAUGUAUUUUAUUUUUUCCUGAAGGUUUUGGGAAACUAUUUGGCAGCCAUUGUCCCUCUCAGCUGUACCAGUCGGAUUUAAUUAUGUGAACGAACCUCUGCAUUGGCUGACUCUGUAUAACUAUAUUGUGUGUUUUUUGACUAAUGUAUGGCUAGUGUAAUACACAGAUGCUGGUAAUUUGAAUAAACAGUUAACCCAUUGGUUCUUAAACUUU